AACCGUGACAGCGAGUUGGAGAUUUCGAUCAGCCGAAAAAACGCGGUGUAGACGCUGACAUAAGCAGCUAGAGCGACCGCGCAAGUUCCGCGGCGAAGUGGUUCAACCACGUACUUGGUACUUAUUAGCAACUACCACCACCAGUGAUGUCUGCCUUCGGGAUGUCUCGCUCAGGGCGAAUAACGCUAUUGCUCAUUAUCGAUGUGGUAUUCUUCUUCAUUGAGCUCAUUGCAGGUUAUUCUGUCGGUUCACUUGCCCUCGUCGCCGACAGUUUUCACAUGCUAAAUGACGUCAUAAGCCUUGUGGUUGCUCUCUACGCCAUCAAGCUGUCGCAAAACAGUGCCAUUGAUUCUAGAUAUUCGUAUGGAUGGCACAGAGCCGAGAUCCUCGCUGCUCUUAUUAAUGGGGUUUUUCUCCUUGCACUCUGCUUCUCUAUCACUAUGGAAGCCUUGGAGCGCUUCUUUAGCACUCCAGAUAUUUCCAAUCCUCGUCUCAUUGUAAUAGUAGGAUCCUUCGGUCUGGCCUCCAAUAUCGUUGGCCUCUUCCUCUUCCACGAAGGUAGUCAUGCACAUGGUCACGACCAUAAGACCUCUCCCUCGCCAACUCGUCCCCCGAGCAUCACUCAGUCAGACCGAGUAGACGAUGAUGUCACUCCCCCGAGAAGAAUACCUGGGUGGCGUAGUAGCCGUGAGCGCUCCAGCUCGUAUUCCUCGAUGUAUGGGCACCCCAUUGCGACGCGUGCGUCAGUCGUGCAAGCUGCCCAGGACAUUGCAUCACCUCCUCCGCAUGCGAGGCGACUUACGAAUGCCAGCUCUUCUAGCCACGUGUUCGACGAGAGUGCCCCACUCCUCGGAGCCGAAACAACCGAGGCUUCGUCUCGUACCGGUAAUAUUUCACAUCAUGGUCAUGCGCAUGGCUCUAUGAACAUGCGCGCCUUGGUAUUGCAUGUAUUAGGUGAUGCCCUGGGGAAUGUGGGAGUCAUUGCUACCGGCCUGGUCAUCUGGCUUACGAAUUGGAAAUACAAAUUUUACUUCGAUCCAGUUAUCAGUCUUGUGAUCACGGCGAUUAUCUUUUCGUCUGCUCUGCCGUUGGUUCGGAGCGCGUCUUUCAUUCUCCUUCAGGGUGUACCCCCCACUAUAUCCCUAGACGAAGUCCGGGAAUCGAUUCUAAAUGUAGAUGGGGUUCUUUCUGUGCACGAAUUGCAUGUUUGGCAGCUCUCGGAAUCCAAGAUCGUCGCGUCGGUACAUGUGAUGGCAUCACGAAAUCAUGACUUUAUGCCUGUUGCAGCAGACAUUAGAAAAACUCUUCAUCACCACGGCAUACAUUCUAGUACUAUUCAACCGGAGUACCAUCCUCGCAGUCCAACGGAAGACCACUUGAAGACAUCCACAGACUCGUCGUGUUUGAUACUGUGUCCGGCGGAUCAAAAUUGCGAUCCCGUACAAAAUGCUUGCUGCCGUGAGUCCUCUAUCUAUCCCGCAUACUAUUGCUUCCACUUGCGUGUUGCCAGCACCACCCCCACCAGGUGUUUAACGAAUGUUUACCCAUGUGUUUUACAUUACUAUUUAUGUGUUUCGAACCCUCAUGUACAUGCCCUGAUUACACGCCACUGGAGUACACGGAAUUUGAUUUUGGCGAGGGAUACAUGGCAGUGAAGGAUGAACAAAGAAUUCAGACGGCGACAAUCUGGGGUCGCGCA